CACAACCGAGAUUCCUGAGAGUCUCUGCCUUCUCUUUCCUCCAAAUCCGGAAUCAGAUUUGAAAUGCAGACGGCGAAAGGCCCCGUACUUCAGACACGUUGCUGGAAUGGUGAAUUUGUGCAGUCUUUGGGAGCUGCACUCGGAGUGUGUGUGUACCGGGACUGUAUUUUGUGCUGGGUGGAUGCGUCUUUGUGAAGGAGUCAUUCUGAAAGGAUGUGUACCGCAGGUCAAGCUUCCCAGUUCCUUUCGUACCUUUGAUGAGGAGAGGAAAUGACUUUAUCAGACACUGCUCCAAGUCAGAUGAUCUUGCUCCGUCUUCCUGUCCGAGGGAUUCGCGGAGGGGGAAACGCCGUGGCGGCCAAUCCCUGAGGACUUUCGGGAGGAAUCUGCCUUGACGGAGGAGCAGGAGAUAAAAAUGACAACUUCGUCGAUCAGGCGGCAAAUGAAAAACAUUGUGAACAAUUAUUCGGAGGCCGAAAUUAAAGUCCGGGAAGCAACUUCCAAUGACCCCUGGGGCCCCUCCAGCUCCUUAAUGACCGAAAUUGCAGACCUGACUUACAAUGUGGUGGCCUUCUCCGAAAUCAUGAGCAUGAUCUGGAAACGGCUGAACGACCACGGCAAGAACUGGAGGCACGUUUACAAGGCUUUAACCCUUUUGGAUUACCUGAUCAAAACUGGGUCGGAGCGGGUGGCCCAGCAGUGCAAGGAGAACAUCUUUGCCAUCCAGACUUUGAAAGAUUUCCAGUACAUUGACCGGGAUGGGAAAGACCAGGGCAUCAACGUGCGCGAGAAGUCCAAGCAGUUGGUCUCCCUGCUGAAGGACGAUGAGCGGCUCAAGACGGAGAGGGCCCAGGCCUUAAAGACCAAAGAACGCAUGGCUCAGGUGGCCACCGGAGUGGGGAGCAAUCAGAUCUCCUUUGGCAGAGGCUCCAGCCAGCCUAACCUGUCCACCAGCUACUCUGAGCAAGAGUACGGCAAAUCUGGAGGCUCUCCAGCUUCCUACCAUGGGUCUACAUCACCGAGAGUGUCUUCAGAACUGGAGCAGGCCCGGCCUCAGACCAGCGGGGAAGAGGAACUCCAGCUGCAGCUGGCUUUGGCCAUGAGCAGAGAGGUGGCAGAACAGGAAGAGCGCCUGCGCCGCGGCGACGAUUUGAGGUUACAGAUGGCGUUGGAAGAAAGUCGCAGAGAUACUGUCAAAUUUCCCAAAAAGAAGGAGCAGCAUGCAGCUUUGCUGGACCUCAUGGAUGCGCUGCCUUCUUCCGCCACCCCUGCCCCCAAAGGAGAGUCCAGGAAGCCCCCAGCUGCAGUCAAGAAAGCCGACCCUUGGGGGGGCCCUCCAGCCAGCACUGCCACCUCCGAUCCAUGGCAAUCGUUCGGUGCCAAACCAGCCACCUCUGUCGAUCCGUGGGGAGCCCCUGCGAUCUCCUCAGCUGCCCAGCCUCUCCCAAAGAGUGCCGAUCCUUGGGCUCCUUCCCAGCCAUCGUCCGUGGCAACAAAGGCAGCCGUGGACCCCUGGGGACCAGCACCAGUAAACAAGCCAAUUUCUGCUUCUGGUAGCAAAUCUUUCGACCUCUUCAGCAAUUUGAACGGGACGAUUAAAGACGACUUUUCUGAAUUCGACACCCUUCGAUCUUCUAACAAGCAAGGUUCUGCUUUGUCGGCCCAGAACAGUGGGACCACCAGCCCUGACUUCUCAGACUGCCAGCCAGCCAGCUUCUCCUCCAGUAAACAGAGCGCCGCUCGGAAAACCCCCGAGUCUUUCUUGGGCUCCAAUGCUGCUUUGGUGAAUCUGGACUCCUUGGUAUCCAAGCCCCCCCAGCCAGCACCAUCCCUCAACCCUUUCUUGGCUGCAGGAUCCUCGUCAUCGUCGUCGACUUCUCCUUCUCCAGCCACAGUCAACCCCUUCCAAGUGAAUCAGCCGCAACCCCUCACUCUCAAUCAGAUGCGGGCCAGCCCCAUCCUCGGGGGCAGCCUGCCUUUCAAUGCUGCGCCAGGGCCGGAACCGGGGCCCCUUCCUUCUGUGGCUCCCGUGGCCCUGGCCCCCUUGCCAGCCGCGGGCCCUGUGACCUCUCUAACCAGGAUGGGCCCGGGAGUGAGUGUGGGCGUGAUGGGGUCCGUGGCACAGCCUCUCCAUCACCCGGGGAUGCCCCCCUCGGUCUCUCAGCCGGCCAAUGCCACUAACCCUUUCCUCCUCUAAAGGAAGCCUGGAGCGUGAAGCCUCCCUGGGAAAGGCGGGCAGGACAUCUGAGGUUGGCUUGGGCUGAACCGCGAGCGCCGGAGAUGGGGGUGGCUAGGCUGGUGGGCUGCUGUAGCCUUCUGUGGGAGCUCCUGGUGCCCUCGGCCAUUCGCCGAGAUGUGCCCUUUUGCCCCAGAUGGUCCUUUUUGUUUGGGUUCUCGGCAGCCUUGCAGAAACGCUUUGGCGUUUGUCACCAAAGUCCGUUUCUGCUCCCUCCCCUUCCUCCUUUUUGUUAAUCAUUUCAAGACUUUGCCAUCUGAAAGAGCCCCCUGUGUUUUGUAGACCAUCAGCUGCGCUCAAAAGUGCCGCGGCCUGAGCCAGCCAGAUCCCGUGCUUGUAAAAACACACCUGAGACUCAAAGAGUGCUAGUGAACAUGUUUGCACAUAACCACCUGCUCCUCUAGACUGUUUGGUUCACCCAUAGUCCUUAUCAGUCUUGGCAAAAGAGGUAUCUGGCCUUUGUGUUCUGUAUAUCCUUGCACACUAAAAUGUCGAGCAAAACUGUGCCUCCCUUUUUUCCCCCCCCCCCCCCCACACCGCUGAGAAUCAGGCAGGGAGGGCCGGGCGAGCUCGUCCACAGGAGGAGAACCGAAGCAAGCUCUGUGAAGUCCCGCAAAGUUUUUGUGAAACCCCGCAAGUGUGCUGUUUUGUAUGCAGUGUUGAAUUUCUACAACUUAACACGGACUGCCCACGACUUCCGUCUGAAUGACUGGCAUGCUGCCCUGGUGUUGAGGGCUGGUUUUGGCUCUGUGCUUUCUGAUGGUGACUUCAUUUGGAAAUUAGUUACACGUGCUCUUUUCGUUUGACUUGCAACGCGGGGCUUUCAAAAAAGCAUAGGGUGGGGAAUACCGAGGUAAUACUGGGGGGACUCGGGAACUGAUUUGGGGGUGACCUUUUGUUAUUAUGCAGUAAUCCUUGUAUACUUUUGCACUUUUAAGGAUAGGGCCGUUUUGGAUUUGAGUUCGCCAGGUGAGCGUUCUGUUUUCACUCUUGCUAAUUUUUAUAAUGUUCUUAUUUAACAGUCGAUAGUUUUGAUAGAUUCAUCAGGUUUAGUGGAAAAAUUAAGAUACUGUCUUUCUUUUCCAAUUCUCUUCUUUUUUUGAUUUAACGUUUCUUAUUUAUAUAUAAAUAUUUUAGCUCUUGGUUUUCAUAAAGAGAAUUUUAAAGGGAAUAUCGACAAACCUUCUGCUUUUGAACAAAGACAUUUGUAUUGGAAAAAACAAUGGAAUAGCUCGUGUAACAUGAAUUUUGAGAGGGAUAUGGCUAAGGUGACAUUGAAAAAGGAAAACACUACAGUUGCCUUUCAGUUUCCCCCUUUUAUGAAUACAUCUCUCCACUUUGUGUAAAAAAAAAAAAAAAUACUCCUGGAAGCCUUUGAGAGGUUGAAGAUCAUGGAAAAUAAAUGACUUCUCUCUUGUAAUACUUUCAGCAACUUAAAAAACAAAACAUUGCUGUAUGAAUGUUACUUUUAAUUAACUAAACUCUUCUAACUAAAGAAUGCACUCCAUGGUGUUACUUGGCUCUGUUUACAAUCUUCUCCGAAAAGUAAACUUUUGAUUCUUUCGGCUCAUUUUUUCCCCCCACUAAGACAUACUCAGGUUUAAGUAGUUAAUAACUGUUUGAAAAUUCUUUUUCUUUUGAAAUGGCAACUGCAAGAAAGCACGCAUAAACACGUGUGUGUGCUUACAUACAGAUGUUCUCAAAAGCUGGAUGAGGUCUCUUGAUGCUGGAGACUGGCUGUGUGCAAGAGGGACAGCUGUUGGGUGGCUUUUAAUAAUUUAUCCUUUAGAAGCAACAUCCGUGCCACGAAGCCUCUUUUGGGUGAGCGGACUGUGCCGCUGGGGGUCAUGGUAAAAAAGCUGUUGGGUGGCUUGAAAGAGGCAAGAGGGGUCCUUUGCUGGUGACCUUGAAGGAAGAUAUGAUAAUCCACGAUACCAAAGUGACAGGCAGACAUUGUGCGGUUAAUAUAGACAAGCAACAGCUUUCCAAUUGCCAGCUGCCUCCACUUCUCGUUUUGUUUCCUUUACCUUGUUGCACAGUUGUUGUGUUUGAUUCCUCACAACAGGUCAUUUCACUCUGAGUAGCCAUGAACACCCUAGAGUGGCCUUCUCCACCCAGGUCUUCUUGCAGCUUCUGCUCUUGCCUUGUGCGGCCAGCAUGGUUUUUAGAGUCCCUGCAGAAUUCCUGCUUUGAAAAACUGAUUUAAUUUUGUCCAAGUGGGAAAAACAGCUCCUCCUAUGGAGCCAACCCAGGUACAAUAUGCUAAAUAAGUAUUUUGUCUGCAGUCCACAGGAAAGUUGUUGUCUGGUUAUUUUUUUUUUCUUAUGUAGCCAAAGGUUUUAAACGGCUUAAACAUGCCACCUUUCUGGUGUUGCUUUCCUUCCAAUUAACGUACACUAACAACAUUAACUGUCCCUUCUCCUCACUUCCUAUCCCGCCUUCCUUAAAGUGACCUAAACUUCAGAAUGCUCCUAAAGAGGCUUUCCAGUUUUUUAAAAAAUCUCCUUAAUUCAAGGAAAGCGAUCACACCCUCCCUAUUUCUUUCAUCUCCAGCUAUUUCCUAACGCCUAUUUUGUAUGGAGUAUGGCUGAAAUAUCUAGCCUGACUUGGUUUCUGCAGCAGAAUCUGUAGGGAAACAUUUUAGAACGACUUUCUAAACCAUUGGGAAUGGGCUAUUUUGGAUACGUGGUGUCAAAUUUUUUAUUUUCUCUACGGCUGUCAUUUAUCAUUUGUACCAUUGUAUCAUAUAAUGUUCCCUUAUGGCAGAAGCGUAAUGGUCACUCAGCCGUAGAAAGGUGGGGCAUGUCAGGAUUCAGUGUCUUGUCAGAAUUAAACACAUAUUGCUCAUAUA